UACGAUUUAUAUAGGGAUGCGGUCUCCCCGUGAUGCUCAGUCUUGAUCAUAAUGUCAGUUAGUCAUGUAAAUUGGGCCAAAUGACGGCUUGAUAUUGAGAGAUGCUCCGGAAAGUAUUCGUUCUGGGCUUUAUCACAGCUACAGUCACAACUGCGCACAUUGAAUCCAAUCAUUUGGAGGAUUCUUCGAGGAAUCUCAUUGCAGGAGCCUUGGGACUCAUUGAAGAAUUUAAAAAUAGUGAUAGUCGUUAUGAAUCACGUUCGGGGGUUCAAGCGAGGAGCUACUAUGGUGGGACGAGUCCUGCAUUCUAUCCAGCAUUCGAUCCAAUCAGUAUUCUAGCAUCUCUGGCCUUCCUCGCAUUUCUACUGCAGUCGUUCGCAGCCCUAUUUGAUAGAUCCAGAUCUAUCAUCCCGGCAGUCAUAAGCAGCAGAGAUUCCUCAAUUGAGGAUGAGCCUCCAGAUCCUAUUGAAUUGAUCCUGCGUGCUCUAGACGAAUUCGAGGCCUCAAACAACGACAUCAACACUGAUGACGAAAAAACUGUCACAAAAAAAAAAAAAUAAACGGAAACGCAUUGAGUUCGAGUUGAUAAUGAAAUACUGAAAUUGUUGUGGCAAUAAAUUUAAUUCUCUACAGCACCCUUCUUCAGAUGUAAUAAAUUCUUAACAGCCUCCCU